AUGACCACCAAAAUCUACCACACCAACAACCUCACCAUCUCCCUCUCCCACCACCCAACAACACCCGGCCACACCAUCGCAACCCUAACCAAUACCACCACCCCCAAGACCACACUCUUCGCCCUCCCCAAGUCCACCUUCAUCUCCACCCUCGUCACCCUCCGCACCAUCAUCCCCUCCCUCAAAUCAACCUACCACACCCCCCGCAUCGCCUUAAUAACCUCCGGCAACACCACCCUUUCCCUCCUCCCCCUCCACGGCCUCACCUCAACCUGGACCCCGAUAACCAGUCCCGAAACAACCUUCAACGACCCUCAAUCCUCCUCCCACCCCCAAAGCUACAUAACAUCCAAAUCCGGCCCCCGCAUGCCCUCCGCCCACCUAACCCACAUAGCCGACAUUAUCACCACCCACACCCCAUCCACCCCCAACUACACCUUCCACGGCCCUUCCUCAGACACCAACCUCUUCGCGAACAUAAUUCGGGGCACCGAGCACCCUCAAUGGCGUAUCUGGGAGGAUGAGUCCCGUGUAGCCUUUCUAACGCCUUAUCCGAACACGCCCGGGUUCACGGUGCUAGUGCCGCGAACACAUUUGGGGAGUGAUAUAUUUGCCCUUGGGGAGGAAGACUUUGAAGGAUUGAUGGGCGCGGCGUGGACGGUUGGACGGGUGUUGAUGGAGGCGCUGGGAGUGGGGAGAUGUGGGAUGGUGUUUGAGGGGUUGGAGGUGGAUUAUGCACAUGUCAAGCUGGUUCCUGUCUAUGGGGACGGGGAGGAUGAUGGUGGGGAGAGGGAGGUUUUUCGUGAGGUGUAUCCUGGGUAUGUGAGUUCUUUGCCUGGGCCGGAGGUGGGGGAUGUGGGGGAGUUGGUGAGGAGGGCUGGGGAGAUUCGUCAAUUGAUUGCUGCGCAGGAGUAG